AUGGCCUUAACCGAUAUUUCGGCAUGCUAUUUUAUGGUUUUCUUGGCCUCAAAAUUCCCUCAGAUAUCUGCUGCUUUCUUUGCGAGCUCUCUUACCGUACUUGUGUCACUGGCACUUGACCGCUGCCUAUACCAGUUGGCCAACCAUGUCAUUUACUUGCGGGUGACCACGGACGCAAAUAAAUUGGCUUUAAUAAGGCAGAUUGCUGCAGUCACGCCGGGACCUAUGUAUGAUUGGGAUGAUAUCGCAGUCGCAAUGGACCCGCUGUUUUGUAGUAGAAGUCCACUUCCAUUCCCCUACUUCUUUUACAACGGAGAGUCAUGCUAUUCUUUUGUUAUAACCACCGACCUUUAG